CAGGACUCAGACAGACAGAAGCAAACCACGAGUCAGUUCACCUCACACUCGAAGUCAACCACCAUGGCGACAUUCUCAAAGGUCGUGAUGAUCGCCGCCGCUGGGGUCGCAAGCGCGUUGCCCGUGAAAGAGGCGGCUUCCGUGUACCAUACCUGCGACACGACGAGCGACUGCGCGCAGUACAAAGAGUGCCAGGGCCAGCAGUGCGAGUGCACGUCCGAUCCCGCGUACAACCAAGAGCACCCCGGGCGCUGGUUCAAGCCGAAUCAGUGCGUCGACAAAGACGUGGGAAGCACUUGCCUGCACAUCAACAACAUCAUCGUGGAGAACAAGUGCGGGUUCGACAUCGACAUGGUCGGUUUUGGCGGUCCGGAGAACAAGUGCAAGCUCCCGAACGGGAAGAACGAGGGCGACAUCCGCGCAGAGGACAGCUGCCAGACGAUCAAAGCACACGGCAAGGACAAGCUGCAGAGCGGCACCCAGCAGCACGCCGCCUCGACACGUCUGGCCUGGCGGUUCAGCUGGCAAGGAGACAGCGACCCUGUCCACGGCAACCCAAAGCACUGCGCCGUGGUGGGUCCGGAUGGCAAGUGUGCGGUCGUCGGGUCAAAGCUCACGAAGAACACCUUCAUUGAGAUGAACGUCGGUCUCACCGGGCCCGGCCAGGAGCUGUGCAUCGGCGGCGGCGCCACGCAGGGCCAGGUCUCGCCCUCGUUCUCCAACUACCAGGGCUUCAGCAUGUCCAGUGAGUACUACGCCACAUUUGUUGACGUCGAGACGCCCGCGUGCGAGGACUACGCGGCCAAGUUCGACUACAAGGUCGCGACCUGUCCGAAGGGAGGGACACCCGCGGACUGUCUCAAGGAGGAGAACGUGGACUGCCCAGCUCUCCGCGACGGAGACCCCAACAACUCGCCCGAGCCGAAGCGCCGCAUUGACGGUGACUGGAACAACAAGGAUCUUUGCCCCGACCUGAACGGCGCCUGCGAUGCCUGCAUUACCGAGGCUCCGAACCUCCCCUCGCUGGCAGCGAUGGGCCUGCAUCCGAUGGCAUGCGAUAAAUUCAAGUAUCCCGACGAGAAGAUCCGGCGGAUCUACGAGGCAAGCAAGUGCGUCGAUCCGGUUAGCGGCCAGUGGGAGGUUGGCUUCUGUGGCCAGGACGACAAGAAGGUGGUCAACUUCUGGUGCGGCAGCCCUCUGGGCGAUGCUUCGAGCCGCGACGCGUGGACGAAGUCCAUCCAGCCGAACCACCAGGUGGCUGCUGGAAGCCUGCACGGCUGCCGGCAGAAGAAGGUGGACCUGCACGUCGUCACCUGUCCGAGCGGCGACUGGCAGAUUUGAGAGCAGCAAACGGCGCAGGCGGCAGCCCCCUAGGAUCGCACCUGUCUUCUGCGUUUUGCUUUGUCUACUGCGAGAGAGAGAGAGCGAGACCCAUGGCUUCCGGGACGGCCCGGGUAAGUGUCCAUGCCUGGUGUGUCUUGUUCAGUACGGUGUCUACGUAUUAGUGAUGUGCGCGCCCGUCUCCUGCUGUCUGUCUGGUCAUGAGUGUACGUUCGUUCUCGUGUCUCCGACGAUGUACCGUAG